UCCAAAGCCCUCUCUCUCUCUCUCUCUCUCUCGAUUGAUCGAUCGAUCGAUCGAAUUCUCCUACACAUUUGAUUUCGAUCGAACCCUAACCAUAACCCUAAUCUCCUCGCUCUCGUUUCGAUCGUGGGUGGUUGUGGACGAGCGUGAUGGAUCCCGGCGGGGGCGUGGAUUUCCCGGCGGCGGUGGCAAUGGAUUUCCCGGCGGAGGCCCCGUCGUCGUCGUCAUCGGCGGCGAAGCCGGCGAAGGUGCCGCGGCGGCUCCGGCGAAGGCUCCUCGAGGCGAGGAGUGGCUCCGCUUCGAGCGUCGGAGAGAUCGAGGCCAAGCUCAGGGAAGCAGAUCUUCGGAGACAGCGAUUCCAUGAGCUGUUGUCUUGCAAAGCAAGGACUAAACCAAGGAGUUCUUCUUGUACAUCUCAAGAGGAAGAUCUUGGUCAGCGUCUCGAAGCAAAGCUUGUUGCAGCUGAGCAGAAUAGAUUAAGCCUAUUGGCAAAGGAACGAAAGCGAUUAGCCAGGUUAGAUGAGCUUCGGGUAGCUGCUAAAAUUGGUGUCAAGACCCGUUUUGAGGAGGAACGGAAAGAGUUGGAUGCAAGAGUUGAAUCUCGAGCUCGACAAGCUGAGGCAAACCGUUUGCGCCUUCUUAAUGCUUAUAUGCAGCGACGCGCAGCACUCAAGGAGAGAACAGCUAGAUGCUUGAUCGAGAGAUUAGUACGAGAAAACAAGUAUAAGGAGUGUGUUUAUUCAGCUAUCCUCCAAAAGCGUGCUGCAGCUGAGAAGAAACGAAUGGGACUGUUGGAAGCUGAGAAGAGAAGGGCUCAAGCCAGAGUUAUUCAAGCUCGAUGCAUUGCCAAAUUUAUAUUCAAUAAAAGGGAACUUGAGAGGAGGAAAAUGAAACAAGAGUUAGAAAACAGGCUUCAAAGGGCAAAGAGGCAGAGAGCAGAAUACCUGAGACUGAAAGGUAGCCCACAUAGCUGUGCCCAUUCUAAUUGGAUCAGCCAUGGAGAUCUUCUUGCAAGAAAGUUAGCAAGUUGCUGGAGAAAGUUUGUGACAUCAAAAGGAACUACCUUUACUUUGACUAGAGCUUAUGAAGAUUUGGGUAUUAAUGAGAACUCUGUUAAGUCCAUCCCAUUUGAACAAUUGGCUCUCCUCAUUGAAUCACCCAUUGUGCUUCAGACCACAAAAGCAUUGCUUGAUCGGUUGGAGAGUCGCUUUCUUCUCUCUCAGUCAUCUAAUUUGUCCACUCCAGAGAACAUCGAUCAUCUGCUCAAGCACCUGACAUCAUCCCCCAAUAAAAGAGUGCCAGCUGGCAAAGCAAAAGCUAGAGGAAUAACAGAGAAAACAGCUAGGAGUUCAAAAGAAAAUAAGUUGUUAAGAUAUCCAAUGAGAGCAGUGCUCUGUGCUUACAUGAUACUUGGUCACCCAAAUGCUGUUUUCAGUGAACACGGCAAGCGAGAGAGUUUAUUGAUUGAAUCAGCUAUAAAUUUUGUUCAGGAAUUCGGGUUAUUGGUCACGAUUAUACUUGAUGGACCAAAUAGUGGCCACCAAAAGACAUUCAGAUCCCAGUUGGCAGCUUUUGAUGCAGCAUGGCGAGCUUAUUUGUACCGCUUUGUGAUAUGGAAAGUAAAAGAUGCCAAAUCCCUCGAGAAAGAUCUUGUACGAGCUGCGUGUGAACUAGAGCUAUCGAUGAUGCGAGCAUGCAAGCUAACUUCUGAAGGAAAGGAAUGUGACAUUAGUCAUGAUAUGAACGCCAUGCAAACACAGGUUAUCGAAGGCCAGAAACUACCGAGGGAGAAAGUACAACACCUGAGUGGCAAUGCGGGUAUUGAGCAGAUAGAAUUUUCCCUUUCAAACACCAGAUCCGAAUGCUUUGAAGUGAACUCUUCUGUUCCUGAGGAGCAUUCUAGUGCCAACAUUGAAAAAUUGAGUAGUAUUGUUCGUUCUUUGUUUGGGAGUUCUUCUUCACCUCAGAAUAGCAGUACAGAUACUGAAGUUGCAGAUAUGCAAUCAAAUCAAACGAUAGGAAAAAGGUCGCCCGCUGAGAAUGAACUUCUUGUCAAUGAGAUCGUCCAUGGGAACGAUGAUGCUUCUCCCGACAACAUUGACGUCGGUGGCACUGAUGAGAUUAUCAAGGCAAAAGUAAAGGAGACAAUGGAGAAGGCUUUCUGGGAUGGAGUUGUGGACUCUAUGAAAGGAGAUAAACCUGACUAUAGUCGAAUUUUGGGCCUUGUUAAGGAGGUAAGGGACGAAUUGUGCGAUUUGGCCCCUCAGAGUUGGAGAGAAGAAAUUACCAACAGCAUCGACCUUGACAUUUUGUCUCAGAUACUAGAGUCAGGCUUUGAAGACCCAUAUUAUCUAAGAAAGGUUUUGGAGUACUCGCUAGCCAUGCUACAGAAACUCUCUGCUCCUGCAAAUGAAGAUGAGAUGAGAAAGGCCCACGAGAAAUUGUUAAGUGAACUGGUGGAAAUUUCCCUAUCAAAUGAUGGAAAACAAAGCAUGUGCAUAGUUUCAAUGAUUAAAGGUCUUCAGUUUAUUCUGGAAGAGAUACAGGAACUGAAAAGAGAAGUAAGCAAAGCACGAAUACAGCUUCUGGAACCAAUCAUAAAAGGAUCUGCUGGAUUGGAGUAUCUGCAGACAGCUUUUGCCGAGCGCUACGGACCUCCCUCUGAUGCGGCAAUCUCUCUCCCGUUAACUGUGCAGUGGAUUUCAUCGCUAAAGAACACCGUGGAAGAAGAGUGGAAUGAACAUCUUGAGUCUCUUUCUGCCUUGUCGACAGAUCAACAGGGCCAACCUCUUGUUACGACCCUCCGCACAGGUGGUAGAAUCUCGAGAAAGGAAGCACUUCCCCAUGUCAACACUCCAGGCAAUAAUGAACUGCCGGAAUGCAACGGAGAGAAAGUCGACUUGAUGGUAAGGCUCGGAUUGCUGAAACUCGCUAGUGGCGUAGAGGGGGUGACGAUGCAAUCAGUGCCUGAAACUUUUAAGCUUAAUGCCUCGAGACUGAGGUCCAUUCAGAGCCGGUAUCAACAAAUCAUCGUCAUCACUACGAGCAUCCUGGUCCUUCGGCAAAUUCUCAUCAGUGAGAGCGCGAUAAUCCCUGCUACGGAUUUGGAAAGACUAAUAUCCGAAUUUGUCCAAAAGCUUAGAGUACUCUUAUUGAGCAAUGCGGCCAACGCCGGUGUCGAAGAGAUUGCCGGCACGAUGGCAAGCUGCUUAAAUGACUUGUUUCCGGAAGCAAAGCUUCAGAGCACGAAAGAAGUAAUGGCGCGGAUGCUGAUAAAGAGCUUGCAGAGCGGCGAUGCUGUUUUCGAGAAGGUAUCGAGGUCGGUAUAUUUGGCGGUUCGAGCGGUCGUGCUCCGCGGCGGUGGCGGCGACGGUGAUGGGCAAAAGUUGGCUGAUGCGGCGCUACGGCGAGUCGGGGCCGGGAUGCUAACGGAUCAGGUGGCAAAGGCAGCUGAAAUUCUUGUUAAAAUGGCGACGAUAUCGGGGUGGGUUCACGGCCGGUGGUACAGAUCCUUGCUAUAAUAUUUGGGUGCUUUCAUUUGUGUGUAGAUAUAUGGAAGAACUGUGUGUGGAUAAUAUUGCAUGGUGGUCGAGAACUUAAUAUGGUAUCUAUCAUCUCAAGUACAUGCUGAUGAGGCAAAGAGUUUUUAUAUGAUGGUUAGGAGCUAAAAAGAAGUCUUAGUCGCAUAAUUUAUUUGACAUAUAAAAAUACCGACUCGUCCAUCGUAUUUCUUAGGACGCCCCAAGUAACAGGGGUCUUGUGGUGGAGUUUCAGGUGCAAAGGAGGAUGAGUUCCUCUUCAUACGAAGUGAGCCAUUUUUCUCGGUUUGUUCCGUGAAUGCUGUGCGUUUAUUUAAAUUUGAAAUGUAAUGCUACCCGUUGGAUUGGAUUGAA